GGUUGGAAGGCCUUGUCUUCAAAUUUGAAGACUGGCACGCAAUUAAAAACCUUUUUGAGAUUUAUCAUCGGAUCUUCUACAAAGAUGGCUCAGCGGGAGAUCAUGGGACACUCCAGGCCAAUAUGAAUAAGCUGAGGUAUGCAUGUCUAUCGUGUGAAACAGAGCUAGUAUUUUGUGCAUUUGCAAGUGUUCUUUGUCAAUGUCUGAUGAAUAAAUGAUUGUUUCAAUGUUAACAUUAUAAAUGAAAAUAGAGUGUUCACCAUUUUUAGGUUUCUCUCUCCCUGAUGAACCCAGGCCAUCAUGAAUUAAGGCUCGGUGCUUCAUCACAAGUCAUUCUGCUCUGUCCUAUGAAGGAGGAUGUUGUCCAGCCACCAUGAAUUUAUUACGGCUUGAUGCAGCAAUGCGAAACGCGGCCCACAUGCUGCUUUCAAUGCAUAUAAAGAAUUUGUGAGAAAGGACACUACGGCUCUCUUCUUAGCUGCUGCUAUGGAGCACUUUGGGCUACAGAAAGUGUCAGACGUCCCAGAUGGCUUUAUCCCUUCUGACAUCGCAACGGGCUCACCUGAGGAGAAAAGGCACUGGCUGACAGAGGCAGUCUCCAACGUCGUUGACAGAUUUGUCACUUUUCAAGACAUUUCGGAGUUUGUCAGCGGUGUCACAGACAAAGCCACUGACCUUGCCGAACAGCAAGACAGGGUCCUCUGCCGUGCAGCAGGCUGUGGGCGUGCAUUUAAAUAUGAGAAAUGUAGGCACAAGCACGAAAAACAAAAGCAUGGCUUGUCAGCUCCUCCUGAAGUACCCAAAGAUACUGGCAGACAAAGUGUCUUGUUGGUGGACCACAAAAAAGAACACUCAGAAGCUAGGCUGGCAUUUGGCUUCCUCCUGGCUGACCUGCAGGAUGCGGUGAAGGAGGGUGAUGGGGAGAGGCUGCUGAGACUAUACAGUGUAGCCCUAAUGCUGUUCAAGGCUUACGGUCACACACAGUACGCCUUCAGCACACUCCUCCUGACAGUACAGGUGAAUUGCACUCUUUCUCCAAGGUUAGCGCACAGCCUGACAUGGAACCGUUUUUGGAAUGGCAAGGGAGGAAGAGGAAGAAAUGUGUCCUUGGACCUACACCUGGAACACUUAAACAAUUUUCUCAAAUCCUUCCUGACACGCAGUGGCCCAAAUCUCACUGAACAAACCGCAUCCAGGGUGAGCAGGUCCCUUGGAAUCUGGAAGGAGUUAAUGGACACCACAGAUUCAGAGCUAGAGGUGUCCAGGUCCACAGGUGCCCACCAUGCUGCUCGUCAGACUGAGGAUAUCCUCAUUCUGGUGGAAGUCUUUCAAGACGCAGAGCUCUUCAAGGAGAACCCUGGCAGGGAGUUUUCUGUUUUUCCCAAGUUUAGGCGUGAUCUACUGCUUAAACUCAAACAGUCUGACUUGAGGGCAUGGUUAAAGUCUAAAUUAAAGGAGUGGCAGAACAACCCAAUUUAAGAAUGGUGAUGAGGUACUUCUGAAUUAUUUACUGUAAAUAUUUUUGCACAUAUUUUUUGUAUAACCAGUAACUGUUUUGUCAUUUGUACAUUUGUAACCAUCACAUUUCUGUCUUUUUUACCUUUUUACUUUUACUUAUUGUUUUCCUGUUCUUCUGACUUCCUUUUCUGACCAAAUAGUCUACUUGGGCCUAACUCAAGUUGAAACCCAUGCAUAUAUGUGGUCUUGAUAUAGGAUCGGAGUAUCGGUAUCGGCAGAUAUCCAAAUUCAGACAUUGUGAUCAAAAGGGUAUCUGUGUAUCCCUAACCACUGUACAUUAAAGUAAACCUGUUAAUUAUUUAUUUUCAAAAUUUUGCACAUUUUUCAAUUCAUCAUGUUUGUCCAUGACUGCACAGUGAAAACAAUACCCAGAGUUUUUUCACAAUUAAAUUUUAUUUACAUUUGUU